GAACUUUGAGCGACGGAAAGCGGCUGCUCGCUGCGAAAUCAAAAAGGUGGGCUGAUCAUCUCCCGCUUCGAACACGAUAUACACACUCAGUUUUCCCGCAGCGUCACAUCAACACAAGGCACUUCCCCCUUCCCCCCCCCUUAUUCACCUUUUCAUAUACACAUAUAGAUUUGUAGGUUUGGCAUUUUCUUUUUUCUUUGUUUUCCUCUGUUUGCGCAGUUGGUAACUCGCCGGUGUUUUUUAUUAUAAUCAUUGGCGCCAUUCUCGCUACGUGGCACACGCUCUCCCUCUCGCCCUCCCUCCUUCUCUCUCUCUCGUCACGGAGGAUCGCGGCCGCCGUUGGACGUGCCCACACCCGCCCACUUGCUCCUCUCUUACUCGCACAUCUUCGGUGUAUGUUCUUUCUUUCCUGUGUUGCGGCUUGAGGUUGACACAUCGACAAGUACACUGAAGAAAAAAGUACUUCACCGCCUUUUAACUUUUUUUUUAAAUGGUUUCCGUGUUGUUUGUAUUUUAACUUCGUACACGUCUCCAUUCGUUGUCUUUCUCCCGUCUCUCUCGUCGGCACCUUCGUCUCGUCCCGUAGAGCGUCGUGUUGCUAGAAGGGUCUCGCUCACCUGGCUUCAUUUGCACAGUCUGUUCAUCGUGUCGCUAUGCGCCCCUACCGCGGCGUACUGCAGCGGUGCCUGGGCAGCACCUUCCACACCCCCGCCGUUGUCAUCGCCGCCUUCAACGUGCCGCGACGCAACAAGAUGAGUGCGGGCCGGAGCGCGUCGACGGUGGUCGAGAUCGAUGGAGAGGAGUUCCGCCCGACGGAGUACGCCUACGGCACCGCAGCACGUACCUCCACGCGCCGACGACGCACACCAGCGCAGCUCUUAACAGACUUAAAGGGACCACACCGACAACAGGGGAAAGGCAUCGCCGCUGUCGAAGCGGUGAACCCAGUAGAGUUAUUGCUGCAGAAGCACGACGUGCGAGGUGGUGACGGCGGCGGCGGUGGUGGCGAUGAUAGCGGCGAUGAUCACGGUGGGUCGUCGUCCAGCGGCAGCAGGGGCAGCCGGGGCGGCGGUGGAGGGCGGCGAGGGAGGGCGAAGCGGGCGCCGCUGACGCCGCCUACAAAGGCAGAGACCGUCGCUGCCGCUGCUGCUGCCGCUGCUACCAGCGCACACAUGCGCAGCGACAAGAUGAACAAAACCAUAAAAAAGAAGACGGCGCAGCCCGACGAGGCCAAGGAAAAGGGUGUUGAGGUGCGGGCCGACCGCACGUCUGCAAAGACCACCUCCUCCGGUCCCACCGCUGCUGCCAGGGCAAGCACCACCACCACCGCCACUGCCGCUGGCGAUGACUAUCAAACCUCGCUGCAGAUCCUCACGAAUCCCUUCCGCGGCUUACACGGCGACGUCGCCAGGAGCUACCGUAUCGAUCAGCUGCUGGAGGACUCCACGCCGGAGGACGUCAUGCUAGCCCGGCAGGAGCGCAAGUCGACUGCCUUCUCCUUUCUGCGCUUCAAGGCCGGGGAGAACUUCUACAAGGCUCACUGGGCGAGCCUGCCGGAGGUGCAGAACCAGCUCGACCACACGCUGCGUGCGAGCCCGCCUGCUCGCGGUUCAGCCAACGCCACCACGCCCUACGUGCGCGGCACCCCGAUUCCAGGCCUCACCCUCUUUAACAACGACCUCGGCCUGCAGAACCCAUUCGUGCAGUGCAGCUACCCGCUUAUCCUGGCGCAGCGCAUGCUGCUCUUCCCGGAUCACCUGCGUCAGUUUCAUGCCAUUUGCGGACGGGAGAACGUGCCGUGUGACUUCUUUGCCGAUAUCGAUUUACCCGGCGAGUCGGCCGCCGGGGCGGAGACGGCGCUGUUGGAGGUGCUGAACUAUCUGGAGGUGCGUCUGCCCGGUGUGGGCUUCACCGACCCUUUCUUUCUCGUGCUGACGAACGCGGUGCCGGGACGCGAUAAGGUGUCCUACCACGUCCACGCGCGGAGCAUGUCGUACCUGCAGGAGCGGCAGCGCCGGGCAGAGCACGGGAUUGGGCUAGAGGGCGACAGCAGCAAAUCCAAGUCCGCGUCGAAAAGCAGAAAGGGAAAGAAGAACACGGCGGCUAGUGCGCAUGACGAAGAUGAAGCGGAGAUGGAGAGCGAGGGCGACGAAUACGAUGACCUCAGUGAUAUGGUGAACGUCGUGGACAACAGCUCUGCGUCGGGUAAGAAGGGCAGCGGUGGCUUGACGAGGCUCGUCGCCUUCCAGGACUACCGCACCGUGAAGCUGAUUGGUGAUGAGGUGAACCAGACGCUGGGUCGCGACGUGAUCGACACGAACUGCUAUCGCCCGAACGGCAUGCUGCGCUGCGCGUUCAGCAGCAAGCUACCCUCCGCACAGGAUCACGACUUCCACGCGCAGAAGCAGCAAGAAGGACACGGCGCGGCAGCCGCUGCAGCCCGCAAGCGUCUCGUGCCCCUCGUCACGGCCGGCGACCCCGCCCUUCAAAAGCGUUUAACGGAGAUGGAGGCGGUGCUGCGGACCAUGACGGACCCGGAGAUACUGGAAAUGACGUUCUGCACCCGUCACACUGAUCACGACGGCAAGGUGCAGAGGUUGCUGCACGAGCACGCGAAGAAGUUGGUCAUCCUAGACAGCCACGCGCCGGCCGGCAGUGAGGCGCAGCGGCGGAGUGCGGCGGUGCUGCAGGCAACGCUGAAGCACCGCUGGAAGUUAAUCCGACCGCGGCACAUUCUCGGCCCACAGGCGGCGCAGGCGGUGGAGUACGACGCCUACGGCAACGUCGUCUCGCCCUUUCUGACCGAAGGCGCGAAGUGGCGCCGCUACAAGGCGGUGACCGCGAAGCUGCGCAAGCUGCCCCCCCGCGCCGCCGAGAGCUACGAUGUGUGGGUCCGCGUCGGCCUCGCCCUGCACAACUUCAGCAACGAGGACAACUGCUUUGAGGAGUGGGUGCUGUUUUCGCUGAAGUCCCCGCAGAAGUACUCCCGUGAGGUGUGCCGGAAGAAGUGGAUGCAGUUCGAGCGCAACCCCGAUGCGUUAAACUGGCGCCGCGGCUAUAACUACCUCAACUCGACGGUGUGGCGACAGGUUUAG